AUGCACGGGCACUUGACAGCCAAGUUCGAUAUUAUGUACCACACACCCGACAGUGACAAGAGUAACUUCAUGGAUCUGACAACGCCCAGUGGCUUCUUGCUGGCAUGCUUCUACAUUCUCCGCUGUGUUCCUGGAGAUGCAAUAUGCCUCUUUGCGAUCAAAUGUUCAUCGUUCUCUUCGAUGAAUGUUGGCACCAGCAAGCGUUCGGCUUGCAAUUCCGUGGGCUGGGAUCAUGUUCCUACUGUUCGGUUAGGCAACCAACUUCUCGAAAGGUCAAUCCUGCUCCUCUACCUCGCGACUAGCUUGGGGUUGACAUGGAUGGUCGAGCAACCUCGAGGUUCUGUGCUGGACAUGUACCCGACAUGGCGUCACAUGCUUAUGCAGCUCUACAGGGUUGCCGGGACACGCGCCGCUAGCCGUGUGUGUUGGUGGAUGAGCCACUAUGGAAGCCCAACCCCGAAAAGACACUACAUGUGGUCCAAUUCGGCCUCUGUGGGUGAGAUCGACAAAGGCAAACUCCAGAUGGUCACCCGCGGUAGCAAAGCACCUGGCCCGAAGUCUGCGAGGUACUACAGGAACAAGUCGGGCAAGAAGUGCUGGGAAGGUACCCGGGAGUAUCCUAUGGCUUUUGCAAGGAAACUCGUCAGUAUGAAUGAGAGCCUCAGACGCUCCAGCCGUGGCCAACCCGAGCUAGCAAACCCAGUGCCGGAUGCUCUUGAAACAUUUACGAGCAUGUCCUGGGGUGAUGAGUCUGAGUUGUGGCAGUAUGCAAAACUUUCCGAGGUUUUCGUCUACAUCAGAGGCGGUAAGCGCCUUUGCAUCCCGGAGAACUGGGCACCUUUCAUACCGAAGGCAUUCCCUGGAUUGUCUUAG